CACACCAGAGGACUCAUACAGGAGAGAAAACCCUUUGAAUGUCCUGACUGCGGGAAACGGUACAGUCAGAAUUCCCGCCUGGUGAUACACCAGAGGACUCAUACAGGAGAGAAACCCUUUGAAUGUCCUAUCUGUGGGAAAAGCUGUAGUGAUAAUUCCAAUCUGGUGACACACCAGAGGACUCAUACAGGAGAGAAACCCUUUGAAUGUCCUGAGUGUGGGAAACGGUACAGUCAGAAUUCCCACCUAGUGAUACACCAGAGAACUCACACAGGAGAGAAACCCUUUGAAUGUCCUAUGUGUGGGAAAUGUUUUAGUAAUAGUUCUAGCCUGGUGACACACCAGAGAACUCACACAGGAGAGAAACCCUUGAAUGUCCUGACUGUGGGAGAUGUUUCAGUCGUAAUUUUCACAUGGUGCUACACCGGAGGACUCACACAGGAGAGAAAACUUUUGAAUGUCCUAUCUGUAGGAAAAGCUAUCGUGAUAAAUCCAGCCUGGUGACACACCACAGGACUCACACAAGGGAGAAACCCUUUGAAUGUCCUAUCUGUGGGAAAAGCUUUAGUGAUCAUUCCGUCCUGGUGAAACACCAAAAGACUCACACGGAGAUAAACCCUUUGAAUGUCCUGAUUGUGGGAAAGGUUUUAGUCUGAGUUCUAGCCUGGUAACACACCGGAGGACUCACACAGGAGAGAAACCAUUUGAAUGUUCUAUUUGUAGGAAAGGUUUUUGUGAUAAUUCUAGCCUGGUGAAACACCAGAGGACUCACAUAGGAGAGAAACCCUUUGAAUGUCCUAUCUGUGGGAAAAACUUUAGUGC